AUGCCUCGAUCCAAUACCACUGUCGAUGUCGACGCUGAUUCCAGAGCCUACCUGGCUGCCAAAGAGGCAAAGGUAAAGGACCAAUUAGUCGCAAAGCUCAAAGAGAAUAACUUGCUGUCAGAUGAUCAGAUGAAUCAAUUCAAGCAAGAUAUAGUCAACUACAGCCAGAAAGAUCGAAUAAGAGGAUCACAAAGAGGACAUGAUCGACAGGUUCGAAAUACUCGACGUCGACAGCCCAACUUGGAAAAAGAAUACAACGAGAUAUCUCAACACUCUUUCAUUGAUGCAACAGUAGACUGGAUAGAAGAUCAUGGACCCAGUCGCUGUAUCCAAAUCUAUGAAGAUGUCAUAUCGGUAAUUCCAUGUGACCAAGGACCAGCACGAACUGAACCGACCGGACGAGAGGAACCUGAGACACCAUUUUCUAUAUCAAGAGCGGAGCCCGGGUUUGUGAAGUCCAAUGCUGAAUUGAUUGAUGACCUUGCCUCUGCGACUGAUAUGAAACCAUCGACGGCGAUAUGUAUUCGUGCAAGCAUUGUCUUCGCAGACUCAACCUCAGGCGGUAGAAAUUAUGCAUCUGGAAUGAUGACCAUGUCGAACGGGAUUGUUUUCGGAGGCCGACUUGGUCGCAACCAUAUGCUUAGUGAUGUGCCUAACCACUAUGUUCGAGAUCGCUUGAUGGAUUACAUCGACACCCAACUAGAAGAGGACAAGCGAGAGCGCGCUCGACUAGCCGUGUUCACCGACCUUAACCCCGUCGAAAUAGAGCAAUAUUCUACCCUCGUCAUGCAGUGGCUCAAAAAGACUCAGCCAAAGUCAGAUGUGGAACUAAUGACACUCGUCACCGGUGAUAAACCCAUCAAGACUGACAGUGAAAGAGCACGUGUAUUGGACCAAGCGCUGGUUCUACAAGACGUCUAUCAGGAAAUUGACUUGACACCUAAACCAGGAUUUAGUAAACGUACAUAUGACCGUCCGGGACCCAUCAUCUACUCAGUAGUAGAACCGGGUCGAAAGGAACCCACACCAGCAGAGUGGAAUUUAGACCCCGGCACAGACAUUGAUAGGGACUGUGAUCAGAUCCGAGCCAUGAUUGCCAUCUUCGUCUUUCAAAAAGAAUGGACGCUCGACGAAUUCCGCCUAGUGUUGGGUAACUCCAUCGAUCGUAAAAAUCUAUCUAUCUUCCUAGACAAGUAUGGGCCUACAAAGGGCAAUAAUACUAUUUUUGAGCUUUCGUGGGAGUUCUUCAAGAGGCGUGAGCUUCUCGGCUUGCCGGUGACAAGGAAACCGAAAUUCGAGAACGUUCCCCAGGAACUCGACAACAAUUCCAAGAAGCGUUCAAACACUACAACGGACGGUGGUAAAGCUCGGGAGAAGCGCUUCAGGAAAUAG